GCGAAGUUGUGGGAAUAACGGUCUGCGAAGAGGAACUUAAAGGAAGAUCACUUUACAUCACUGACUGUUGGCUUCAACGACUUCUGAUCGCGUUUUGAUUUCUUCUCGGACUUUUUUUUAAUUCAUUGAACUCUACCGCUAUCUGGAUACGAUGGCCAGCUCGGCACAGCAGCUCCUCGGUUUCUUCCUCUCACUGCUCGGUCUCGCUGCCACUGUUGCCGCUACUUUCAUGGUUGAAUGGAAGAAGCAGUCCCAGGGCAAGCACCGCAUCUAUGAGGGAUUGUGGAUGACCUGCAGUGGCACUGAGAGAACAAUCUGUGAAAUUCACCAGACCAUGUUGAAGCUGCCAACUGAGGUCCAGGCAACCAGGGCCGUGUUGCUGCUCAGCAUCUUCAUCUCCACUGUGGCACUACUUGUCUCCACGGUAGGAAUGAAGUGCACCCACUUCAUGGACAGCAAGACUCAGACUAAAUCCACAGCAGCUAUGAUUGGAGGACUUAUGUUCAUGGUUGCAGGGUUAUUGACCAUCAUCAUAACUUCCGUGUACGUCAAAAUGAUUAUUCAGAUCUUCAGUCAAUCCCAUCGCCUGCUAAGCUUUGAGUUUGGACACGCAGUGUUUGUCAGCUGGGCUGGGGGCUUCCUCACUAUGGCUGGUGGAGCUUUCCUGAGCUGCCGGAGAUGCUCACGGUCCCAAUCGACCGAGUCAGUACACGCAAACCCAAACCUCCCUACCACCCACUCGAAGUCCAACUACGUCUAGUGGAGGAGUUCAAGGGAGGGGCCAGGAGAGGCCUUGAAACAGUCAGUCCAGAGGAGAAUUUCUAAACGGGAGUCGGUUGUGUUCUUACCAUGAAGAAAUGUCCCUCUGCAGGAUUAUAAAUACUACCUAUAGAACAUCAAGGCAGCAGCCAGGAUUGGGAUUACACACGAGAUCAGGCUGCGUGUAAUGACCCAAUGUCCCAUUUUUUAAGCUUGUUUGUUUGUUUCUGUUUCAGUACAACACUUUGUUACUUUGGUGCCAUCAGUCACUGCAGUAGUUCUGCUGUUGUCAGCUGUUUUUCCCCCAUUCAGAAUGAAAUAUAAGCAUUCAAUUAUUACCUCAAUUUUUACACACAAUGAACUUUGUCAGCCUUUGUCUGAUGACAUGAAGUAACUCUUCACAACUAGCAAUGAAGAACCCUCAGCAGUUUAAAGCGUAGACAUAGUUUUGACGCUUCUGUACUUUAAUGGUGUACUUUGCCAUUCACAUCAUUCCCUUCACCUCUUCAAUUUCACGCUGGUGUUAUAGAUGAAAGUUGAUAAUUGUAUGAUUAAGUGUUAUAUUUUAUUCUCAUAUUUUCAUGUACUUGUGUGAUAUUGUUAUAUGGCAGUUUGAAAUAUGUACAUUUUAAAAAACAAAUUUUAAAAAGUAUUUUGUUUUUUUCACUCUGGUUUACAUUUUGUCAUAUUACAUACAUACGUAUUAAACAUGCUGAUGUGGUAAAUUCUUA